AACGCCACUUUCAAGAGUAGAAUGAAUUGGCAUAACCAGCAGAAUAUCGUACGCCUGAGUCUAUAACGAUGAUCUAAAACGACUCCGAGGUAAGCUUACUAUUCACGUGGUGUAGAUUUGGUGUCCGAGAUGUAAAGUGACAUCAUCUGGUGAGUAGCAGACCCUGAGAUCGGAGCUGGAGCAGUAUUUAUCCACUCGGUGAUAAGUACUAUGGAGACCGGCGGAGUGCCGGGUGAUUUCCUGGCUCCGGUGCAGAUUUUCAAUCAAUGCGGGCCAAAAAUAGGUGGACAAAGUCCCAUCUUUGUACGGGUGGCUGGUUAUGGAGGGGCCACAGGCGACGCUCCGUUGCUGUGGCAGGGGAUCGCAGUGGACCCGGCGCGGCCUGAACAACCUAAAGAUGCAGCAUCCAUCACCCACACUUUCCGGUGUUCAAACCGGCUUGCUCGAGUGAGGCGAACUCGGCAGAAAUUACUACAGGAAGAAGAGUUUUUAGCAACACUAAUCUGUUGAUCGCCGCUGCAAAACCGUCGCAUAAUACUGGCCCUCGACAGAUCGUACGAUUAAACAGGUCGCAGUCUCCAGCUGCGCCG